AUGCAAAGGCAAUAUACAUCAAUUUUUAAAUUAAUAGCAAAUAACUUAUAUAAUAUGAAUAGAUAUGAAGAAGCAUUGGAAUAAUAUGACUUAGCCAUUUAGAAAAACUCUGAAGAUGCAGAUUAUUAUAAAUGCAAAGGUUGA